AACAUUUGUGUAAACAUUGUCUACGUCAUCACGUCGUGUUUGAACGCAGCGGCGCGUUAACGAGGAAAAGUCACUUCACCCGUAGCUCGUGAUCUUGUCGCGUCUCAAUUUAUAAACACGUGUGUUUAAUGGCAUCGAGCGUCUCACUGCACCUGAACCAUCACACACGGCUUCUGUGCGUGUGCCUGCGAUGACCUGUAAACUCAACGGCCUGUUCAGCAUCGGGGAGGACUUCGAUGAUGAGGACCUGCUCGAAACGGACUGGUCUGUCCGCUCGGCGUCCGGAGCCUCCGAUGUGGCAGCUGUCGUGUCAUCCUGCUCACUGCGGGCCCCCACUGCUGCUCACACAGAGCCGGAGAGGAAGCCCCUCCAGCGAAGUGCCCAGAGAUCAACUGCCCCGUUUAAUGGCACCGCCUCAGCAGCAGCAGCAGCACCAACUGAUGCUGCUGCUGGACAAACUGUUGUUGUGGGUUUGAGACAGCUUCCUCCUUCCUCCUCCUCAACGCUUCACUCCCUCCGUCCUCCCACACAGAACAACACAAUUUUGGCACAACAUCCGAAGCCCUGUGCGGCCCAGGAUGAUUUCGAUGAUUGGGAUGUUGACCUGGCAGACCUGGACGAGUGUGACGGCCAGAUGGGUCAGCCGCCUCCACCUCCCGCCCCCUCUCCAUCUGCGCCCACAGCCGAGCCGGCAUCUUCAGCCAAGACGCUUCGAGCCCCGACCUGUGGAGGGAUUCAGACGCUGCCCGAUCGGACGCUGAGUGAGGUCAACGCCGCACGCCAACCAUGUAGCUCGUCUAAUCAUAACCUGCCCUCCCGGACCCUCUCGUCUACUCCUGUGCGAUCUCCGCUUCCCCGCCCUGCUUUCCUGCCUCCACAGAGUCCUGGGGUUUUUCCUGGCCUCACUGCCACUUCUCCUGCCCCGAGCCCCAUUUCCAGGACACUAAUCCGACCCCAGCCGCCACAGAGACUAUGGUCAACUCCAGGACCCUCCCCUCAGGCCCGUGGCUUCUUUGAGACAGUCUCCCCAGCCCCCUCCUCCUCCUCCUCUAUGAACUCCACUAUGCUCAGCCCUCAUCCCCUUCACGCACCGCUCCUCACCAACCGGCUGGUCCAGCUUGUAUCGGCUUCCAAUAGGCUUACUAAGAAAAGGCCUCACUCUGAGCCUCACAGGACACGGACCCGACGGUUCCCCGGGCCCGCUGGAUUCCUGCCACAACAGCCACAAGGCCAGAGCCUGGACGAUGUAGUGGUUUCUGUCCCUCACACUCCUGCUCACGGUGCUGUGGCCCGGUCACCAAACCAGGUUUCCAGCUCACAAACGGAGGAGGACGAGUUCAGUGGCGGUGCCUGGGCAGCGAUGAAGGCAGAGAUGGGAUUGGAUGAGCGGAACCCGUCGUGCUUCCUGCAGACCUACAGUGUGGUCAUGGUGCUUCGGAAGGCUGCACUGAAGCAGCUGGCAAAAAACAAAGUGCCUAACAUGGCCGUGCUUCUGAAGAGCAUCAUCCACACACACACGGACGCCAAGGCCGUGUUCAAAGACCCCACAGGGGAGAUUCAGGGAACUGUGCACCGGCGUCUUCUGGAGGAAAGAGCGGAGGAGCUGAAGGUCGGAGCCGUGCUGCUGCUCAAACAAGUUGGUGUGUUUUCCCCGUCCCAUCGGAACCAUUACCUGAACGUGACACAGAACAACCUGCUGAGGAUCUACACCUCAGAUGGAGUCAGUCUGUCCUCCACUCAGCUCCCCCCACUCGUCCUGGAGCCAAUGUUGCAGUCAACCGCUCAGCCUCCCACCAUCCGCCGGGAGCCAGUGUCUCAGAUGCAUCUGGUGUUUGACGAGGAAGAAGACGAGGGACAAGAGGGUGGAAGAUGCACAGAGGGAGGCAAAGACCCUCAAGCCCCAACAGACGGCAGACCGCGCUCCAGUGGAGGCCCCCAACAGCCUGCUGGGAAUCCAGCACCACAGGACCCAGACUGGGAUGCAGAUGAUGACUUGGACGAGCUCCUGGGAGAGUUGCCCGAGGACACCUACAGCCUCUGAUGUAACUUUACAUCAGCAAAUGACUGUGUCCACUGACUCGAGUUCUUUCAUGACGGACUGAUUGUGAACCUUUUCUUUUCCUGACGUCGCUUCUUGAAAAUCAUAGUUGCCUGACGGCUGCAGAGCCAGAGACAGAGUGUACUACUGUGUUCAGUACCGAGUUUAAAAAAAAAACAACAGAGUAUCGUCCUGAGUUAAUUUGUUGUCACAAUCUCAUUAUUCUGCAUCAUUGAUGAUUGAUGUGUUAUAAGAAGCAGUCACUCGAAGCCAACACGUGCUCAUUAAUUAAUCACAAAGCUCCAGAAAUCCACCCAGUUGGAUUUCAGCUCCACUUCUCACAUUCUCAUAAAGACUAUAAUUAUAAUUAGAGAUCGUGUGUGCGUGCGUGUCGAAGAAAAAAAUCCUCUCACUUUUCAUUCAUUCUUGUCCAUCGUCACUCCUGCGUCAUCGACCUUGAAAUGAAACACACAUAUGCACACCAUAGAUUUUCGAAUUAUACAAAAUGAAAGCAAAGAGCGUCAUGUUUCUCUCUGCUACAUUUUAGUUUUCGUCCGUGCCCUCCUCUUUUCCGGCUGUGUCCGUUUAUCUGAGCCUCGGAGUGGAGUGGAUAAACUGUGACCCGGCUUGUUGCCGUGCAUUAAGAGGUGUAUCGGAGGUUGUCAGGCAGGGAUUGCAGCGAGGAAGUCGGGAGUCCCCUGAGAUUUGUUAGACCAGAAAGCGUUGAUCCUUGCCUGAAUCGGGGUGGAGUCGCUCUGUGACUAACAGGCUCUUACGGAGACUCCCAACAGGAUCUGAGCCCCAGAUCCAGACUCCUGCACUGCCCCCUGCAUGCCUCAGAAACCCUGUAACAGAUUCAGGUUAAUCCUCAGCCUCUUUGUCAUGUCGUCUCUGAUGCUGCAGCAGAAAUUUCCUGGCUUGUGUUCAGAAAGAGAGGGAUGGGGGGGGAUGAUGAAACAGGGUGCGUUUGUAGUCAUCUCAAAUACGUCUGGCUUUCUCCUCUUAGCUGUGUGACUGAAAUAAGUUUACAGCACAGUCUGUAGGCAUUUGCACAGUGACACUUUUUCUCCUGCUUUGGCUCAGUACAUCUACACAAUUGAUCUUAGACAAUGACUCUGAGGGUGAAGUGCUGACUCUUAGCUGAAAUAUGGGGACAUUUACAUCCAUAUGGUAUGAAUGUAGCAGAGAUGGUAACACUGUCCCUUUCCUCCUGCUUCAAACAUUUUGUUAUAUGUUUUUUUUAAGGGAUAAAAGCCUCCUCAUUUGAAUUUGAUAUGGAUUUGAAUGACAUUAAAGGGACGAUUUACCCAGAUUUCACACUCAUCCCGCUUCGUAUCCUGACCGCAGGUUUUACUUGUCCAGGUUUAAAAUUAAUUGCUCCUAAAAUCACUGGCAAAACACAUUAAAACAAGUCGGCAGCAACACGUCUUUCCAAAAAUAGUUUCCAGGUUACUGUGAAUAAUCCACACUAAUAACCAGGACACUGCUUCUGGAAAAGAGAUGUUGCUGUUAGGUAUUUUUGAAAUGUAAUUUUUCAAGCAGGACAAACUCAUUUCCGUUCUAUGUACAAACACCUGGAUAAAGAAAAACACUACCAUUUUCUAGCUUGAUAUUACCAGAAGUUAAUGAAAAAAAUAUCUGAUUAUUGUCAUUUGAAUGAGCGUUUAGGUUUGAGGGUGUUUACAGCCACAGAAUAUGCAGUGAACAGAUUUAAGUGUGUUCACCAGUUAAGUUCAACGUCAACACUUUAACCUCACAGCUACUGAUUAAGUUCAAAUCCAGUGUUCUGAACCAAACCACAAAAUACAUAUGUCACUGUCCAUACACUGAAGAGCUGCUGUUUAUAGUAUAUUAAUCAGAUCAGGACUCCACAAAGAAUCCCACGCUGAAACCUCAGGGGUCACCAUGAUGAUACAUAUACUUGAAACCCCUCAUGUCAGGUUGCAUAUGUUACCAGCUAAACCAAGAGGUGGUAAUUCAUCUAUCAUUUGUAUGUCUUGAAUACUGUUUAUAGACCUUAAGGGGACUUUAUCAAGUAAUUGACAGAAAAGAUGUGAAGUCUGAAAAGAUCAGAGCCUCAUUUAAAGAAACAAAUCUUUUUCUUCUGUCCUGUUAAACAUCUGAAUGAUCUGUUCGGCAGCCCUUGCACCAAAUAACGAUAUGUAUGACUCUUGUUACAUAAACGAUUUGAAUUCUUUGAAAGACACAUUUAA